GGGGCGGGCCCGGCCGCUGACGCGCCGGGUAUAUAGCCGGGCAUGCGCGCGGUGCCGGGGCCCAGAGGCAGUGAGGGGGGUCGGCGCGCGUGUCUACGCGGACGCACCGGCUGAGCUGCUUCUGCUGCCGCCGGUCGCCUGCGACCUUGCGGUGAGGCUGCGCGGGGCCGGGGCCGCCUCCGAGCGCCAGGCUUAUUCAGUCACCAUGAAGCUGCUGCACCCGGCCUUCCAGAGCUGCCUCCUGCUGACCCUGCUUGGCUUAUGGAGAACCACCCCUGAGGCUCACGCUUCAUCCCCCGGCGCACCGGCUAUCAGCGCUGCCUCCUUCCUGCAGGAUCUAAUACAUCGCUAUGGCGAGGGUGACAGCCUUACUCUGCAGCAGCUGAAGGCCCUGCUCAACCACCUGGAUGUGGGAGUGGGCCGGGGUAAUGUCACCCAGCACGUGCAGGGACACAGGAACCUCUCCACGUGCUUUAGUUCUGGAGACCUCUUCGCUGCCCACAAUUUCAGCGAACAGUCGCGGAUUGGGAGCAGCGAGCUCCAGGAGUUCUGCCCCACCAUCCUCCAGCAGCUGGAUUCCCGGGCCUGCACCUCGGAGAACCAGGAAAACGAGGAGAAUGAGCAGACGGAGGAGGGGCGGCCGAGCGCUGUUGAAGUGUGGGGAUACGGUCUCCUCUGUGUGACCGUCAUCUCCCUCUGCUCCCUCCUGGGGGCCAGCGUGGUGCCCUUCAUGAAGAAGACCUUUUACAAGAGGCUGCUGCUCUACUUCAUAGCUCUGGCGAUUGGAACCCUCUACUCCAACGCCCUCUUCCAGCUCAUCCCGGAGGCUUUUGGUUUCAACCCUCUGGAAGAUUAUUAUGUCUCCAAGUCUGCAGUGGUGUUUGGGGGCUUUUAUCUUUUCUUUUUCACAGAGAAGAUCUUGAAGAUUCUUCUUAAGCAGAAAAAUGAGCAUCAUCAUGGACACAGCCAUUAUGCCUCUGAGACGCUUCCCUCCAAGAAAGACCAGGAGGAGGGGGUGAUGGAGAAGCUGCAGAAUGGGGACCUGGACCACAUGAUUCCUCAGCACUGCAACAGCGAGCUGGACGGCAAGGCGCCCAUGGUGGACGAGAAGGUCAUUGUGGGCUCGCUCUCUGUUCAGGACCUGCAGGCUUCCCAGAGUGCUUGCUACUGGCUGAAGGGUGUCCGCUACUCUGACAUCGGCACUCUGGCCUGGAUGAUCACUCUGAGCGAUGGCCUCCACAAUUUCAUCGACGGCCUGGCCAUCGGUGCUUCCUUCACUGUGUCGGUUUUCCAAGGCAUCAGCACCUCGGUGGCCAUCCUCUGUGAGGAGUUCCCACAUGAGCUGGGAGACUUUGUCAUCCUGCUCAACGCUGGGAUGAGCAUCCAGCAGGCUCUCUUCUUCAACUUCCUUUCUGCCUGCUGCUGCUACCUGGGUCUGGCCUUUGGCAUCCUGGCCGGCAGCCACUUCUCUGCCAACUGGAUUUUUGCGCUGGCUGGAGGAAUGUUCUUGUAUAUUUCUCUGGCUGAUAUGUUCCCUGAGAUGAAUGAGGUCUGUCAAGAGGAUGAAAGGAAGGGCAGCAUCUUGAUUCCGUUUGUCAUCCAGAACCUGGGCCUCCUGACUGGAUUCACCAUCAUGGUGGUCCUCACCAUGUAUUCAGGACAGAUCCAGAUUGGGUAGGGCCCUGCCAAGAGCCUGUGGGACUGGAAGUCGGGCCCUGGGCUGCCCGAUCGCCAGCCCGAGGACUCACCAUCCACAAUGCACCACGGAAGAGGCCGUUCUAUGAAAAACUGACACAGACUGUAUUCCUGCAUUCAAAUGUCAGCCAUUUGUAAAAUGCUCUAUCCUAGGAAUAAGCUGCCCUGGUAACCAGUCACUAGCUAGUGCCUCUUGCCCUCUCCUCACCUCCUUUUCUCUCAGUGACUCUGGAAUCUGAAUGCAGCUUACAAGACAAGCCUGACUUUUUUCUCUGAUUACCUUGGCCUCCUCUUGGAACCAGUGCUGAAAGGUUUUGAAUCCUUUACCCAACGAUGCAAAAAUAGAGCCAGUGGUUAUAACUUGGCUAGAAAUAUCAAGAGUUGAAUCCAUAGUGUGGGGCCCAUGACUCUAGCUGGGCACCUUGGACCUCCAGCUGGCCAGUAGAAGAGACAGGAGACAGGAAGCCUUCCCAUUUUUUCAAAGUCUGUUUAAUUGCCUAUUACUUCUCUCAAAGAGAACCUGAAGUCAGAACACAUGAGCAGGGUGAGAGGCGAGGCAAGGUUCAUCCUGAAUAGGAGAGGAGGUAGAACCACUGCUGUGUGUCUCGUCAGGAUGCUCACUUGUUCCUACUGAGAUGCUGGGUAUUGAUUUUGUAACAGCACCUGGUGUUUCGUGGCUGUCCAAGUGAGCUAACGUGGCGGUGUGGCUGCCUGGACCUCCUCUUUCAGGUUAACACUGACAGAAUGGAGGCUCAGGCUGUCUGCAAGAAAACAGUUGGUUUGGCUGUGAUUUUGACCUCCUCUUCCCCACUGCCAUCUUCUAAGAGACUUUGUAGCUGCCUCCUAGAAGCACAUUCUGAGCACAUCUGAGACCUCUGUGUUAGAGGGGAGACUGCACAAACUAUCCUCCCCCGGGUUGAGACAUCUGCAGAGUGGCAAGCUGACUUGUAGAAAUGGGGUGCCAUUUAUGCUGUACUUAGACAAGGGUAAUCAGAAAUGGAAUCAGUGCAGGCAAAAUUUAGGAUUUGCCGCUUCCAUAAAUCAAAGCAUGACUAAUAGGGGGUCUCUGAAAUGUAAGGGCACAAACUUCACUUAGGGCAUCGCAGAUGUUUGCAGAAUGGCGGGCCUAAUGAUUACGCUACAGAUGGGUUUUAAAUGACCCGUCUAGGUUACUGCUUCCUUGCAAAAAAGUUGAAUCCUGCAUUGAACUGAAUAUGAAUUGCUCUAACUCUCUCCAGAAAAUGGAUGGAGAUAACUUGUCUGCAAAACCGUAGGCCAGCCUCAGGCACUGUGGAGCCCUUGCCUCCGAGCUCUAGCUUCAAGGGGAGCUCUUCUCCAGGUUCACUAGGUGAAUUGAUUUAUUAUUAUCAUAUUGAUAAUGUGAGAUUCUUUAGCCACUUUGGGGAGCCUGUCUCUCCAGAAGCCUUUCUUAGUGGUGCCCACAGCUGGAGCCCAGGGGCCAUGUUUGCAAACCGAUUCAUGUGCAUGGCUGACAGGAGUACUGGUUCACUACCAAUGCCUGAGCUUUUCUCUUAACAUAGAAAAACUGUCCACUCUCAGUAAUCACAAGCAGCAUCCAUUUUGUUUUCUCUUCUUGGGAGACAUCUGUCAAACCAGGAAUAUUCUUGAAAAGAACAUGAGCAGGAAAACUGCUGGUGAUACUUUAAGUUUUGUUUUUAUCUUGCCUGUUGGCCUCAAUACAUUUGAGAAUACGCUGAAGAGGGAAAAUUUCAGUGAUGGAGAUUCUAGAUUAAAUAUCGGGAUGGAUUUCCUGGUAGGAUUAUGGUCCAGUUUUACCAAAGAACCAAUUCCUUGAAUGUUGGAAUCUAACUUUUUAUAUUGUCAUUAUUAUUGCUGUUUUUAAACGGUUCUUUGUCUUUUCUGUUUUAUUUUUCUCAAGCUGCUUUCAGGAGCUAGCAGAAAAUAACUCAAAGUUGAAGACUCUGGAAGAUUUUGCUUUAACCUAACUCGCAUUGAUGUAUUAAAUUUAUAAUUUUAGCAUUCCCAAUAGAUCCUAUCUUUCCUUAAACAUAAUACCCUUUGUCUUGGAGUAGAAUACUAAGUUAGAGUUAGUGGAUUUCUAGUUUAGGAGAGGAGCUCAAAACUAUAAUCUUUAACAAAUUGAAAAAUGAAAUAGGGUGUUUUCCCUUUUUGUGCACACCUAUAUUACCUUAAGUAAUUUCCUUCCAUAGACAGCUGCCACAAAGGGAAAUCCUCUUUAAACUGUAAUUGGAGGUCAGUCCUAGUCGGAGCUUAGGAGGGGUGGAGACGCUCACGUCGUCUGACUUGAGUCGCCACUGAUUGUGGCAACAGCUUUGCCUCAUGAGUCGAAAAUUGGCAAUGUCUUUUGAUUUUUAGGUGUUGAAUUUGCUGUUUCAAGCAUUUGUACAUAUUAGAAGUCUAAGGAGUAGCGAGUCAGUGGGAGGACUUUUUCACCCCUGGCAUUAGCAGCUUCAACCUCGUUUUCCAGAUGCACCAGCUCCUAUUAAUAAGUUAGCAAGGAAAGUGUAUGUCACGUGCAGGAACAGUGAGACAGAGACAGGGGUUCCGCUCCUUCUCACCUCACCACCGGCACGCAGCUUGCCCCGUCUUUGCCCCCAAAGGUAUUUUGUGUCUAGUGUCAAACUGGAGCUAUUCUUCACUGGUCCUUAACCUUGGGUUUUAAAAAGAAGGCUUCUCUGUUUGGGUAGCGUAAGAGCUGAGUAUAGUAAGUCCUCUUCCAAAGAGAUGACAAUAUGCUGGGCAUCUGCUUUAAAACAAAGUUGUCUGAUUUUUGCAAGAGAGGUUAGGAUUUUACUGUUCAUAUUUCCCUUUACAGUUCUGCAGUUCCAUCACAGUGUUUUUUUAAAUAACUCAGGUGUAUGAGAAGAAAUUAGAAAAGAAAAUUAACUUAUGUGGACUGUAAAUGUUUUAUUUGUAAGAUUCUAUAAAUAAAGCUAUAUUCUGUAA